GCAGCCGCGUGGUCGGCGACCUUCACCAUGACCAACAACUGCGGCCACACGGUGUGGCCGGGCCUGCUCUCCGGCGCCGGGACCGCGCCCCUCUCCACCACCGGGUUCGCGCUGGCCCAAGGCGCGUCGGCGACGGUGGACGCGCCGACGGGCUGGUCGGGCCGCAUGUGGGCGCGCACGCUCUGCUCCGAGGACGCCACCGGCAAGUUCACCUGCGCCACGGGCGACUGCGGGUCCGGCGCCCUCCAGUGCAACGGCGGCGGGGCCGCGCCGCCGGCCUCGCUGGCGGAGUUCACGCUGGACGGGUCCGGCGGCAUGGACUUCUUCGACGUCAGCCUCGUCGACGGCUACAACCUGCCCAUGCUCGUCACGCCGCAGGGCGCGGCCGCCGUGGCGGCCACCGCCAGCUCGACGGGCGGGCCCAAGUGCGUGGCCACGGGCUGCCUGGUGGACCUGAACGACGCGUGCCCGGCCGACCUGAAGGUGGCUUCCUCGACGAGCCCCGCCGGCACCAGCGGCGCCGCGGGCGUCGGCCCGACCAUGGCGUGCAAGAGCGCGUGCGAGGCGUUCGGGUCGCCGCAGUACUGCUGCAGCGGCGCCUUCGGGAGCCCCAGCACGUGCCGGCCGUCGACGUACUCGCAGUUCUUCAAGAGCGCGUGCCCGCGCGCGUACAGCUACGCGUACGAUGACUCCACCUCCACCUUCACCUGCGCCGCCGGCACCAACUACGCCAUCACCUUCUGCCCGACCGCCAACACCAGUGGCAAGUUCACCGACCCGCAGGCUGCUGUUCCGCUGACGAACAACACGAUGGUCUACAACGGCGGCGAGCAACUCUCCUCGGCAAACGGCGGCGAGCGAUUCCCGACGAACGGCGGCACCUCCAUCGCCGCCCGUGCGUCACAACUCCUCCUCGCGGUGGCCGUUGCCGUCUUGCUGCUGUAA